CAUGAGAUCUUCUACAUCACUUGUGUACCCUGCAUACAGUGGAACCUGGACCCAUUCCUGUGCCGACGUCUUAUCAACAUGUGGACUUUGGUGAUGUACAUUGGCCAGGUGAUGAAGGAUGUGCUGAAGCUGCCUCGUCCUUCCUCACCCCCUGUGGUUAAGCUGGAGACACGUGUUGACGCAGAAUAUGGGCUACCCUCCACCCACGCCAUGGCCGCCACCGCUAUCUCCUUCACCUUUUUACUAAGUGCCCCCUCGAGGAUACAGUUCCAGUUCGGGGUGGGUCUGCUGAUCGCCGUGACAUUCUCAUCCUUGGUGUGUCUGAGCCGUCUCUACACUGGCAUGCACUCAGUCUUGGAUGUGAUCUGUGGCGCUUCGAUCUCAGCCAUCCUCAUAUUACUCACCUACCCCUACUGGGACACCUUUGACCGUUUCCAGCUCACCAGCUCCAUCUCCCCCGUUGUGGGAUUGGUAUUGCCCCUCUUCCUCAGCUACAUGUAUCCAGAGCUGGAACAUUACAGCACUACACGGGGGGACACCACCACUAUCCUUGGAGCAGGGGCUGGGUCUUCUGUGGGAUACUGGGUGAAUGAGCAGCUGGGACAGACGUUUGAGCCCCAAGGGGCAUUACCUGUACCCCUACCCCCGCUGACUUUACAUGCAACGUUACUAAGUGCUGCCCGCUUCCUUGUGGGAGUUAUAGCGUUAGUGGGAACUCGGCAGGUAAUGAAAACAGUGAGUCUGCAGGUGCUGUAUUCCUGGUACAACGUGGCAAAAAAUGAUUCCAGUGCGAGGAAGAGGAGAGAGAUUGAAGUGCCAUCGAAGUUUGCCACAUACACAGCUGUUGGACUUGUCAAUUCUAUACUGGUCAAUAGAGUUUUUAUUUUACUGGGGCUGCAUUGACUUAGUGUCAACAUAAGACUGAGUCAUCUGAAAUUGCAAAAAUGCACCUUGUAUCUGUGUGUCAGGUGAUUGAUUUUUUUUAAACAUUAACUUUCCAUAAAAGUUCUCACUGGGAAUGAGUUGUGUGUGACUGACGGUAACGACUCAAAGCAAAUAGAAUGUUGCUUAGGUAUCAAGUUUCAACUGUUUAUAGUCAGCUUGGUGUACUCUCAUAGAUGUACUGUGUAUUUCAGAAGCUACACUUGUCAUAAUCUGCUGUUUCAAGUUCCCUGUCACUUUUUCAAAUGGGAGAACAAAGCAGCAUGAGCUCAAAGCGGUCAGAAAAGAUCAAAACUAGUCCAAGCGAAAUUUGACAACUCUUUCAGUGUCACCUUUGUUCUCUAAAUUUUAGAGUCUAAAUAAAUCAUAUCACCUGGCAGGAUAAAUCGGGUUGAAAUUAGUCAUAGUGGUCAGGUUAUUAGAGGUACACAGGAAUAGAAAAGGCAACCUCCCUUGGCUAUGGUACAGUCUGGAGGAAUGCCAGAGCACAAGUCAAACCUUGUAAAUCAAGUUUGACAUCUGCAUGCCUCAGUUUCAUAUGGGAAACUGCAAAAAUCUCCCUUUAAACUGACAGUAAAGCAUCAACUGAUACAGAUAUUCACAACUCUUGCAUACUUGUUACCUGAUAAGAAUGUGAUAAACACUAGAAAUGUCUAAGCAAAGUUAGAAUGGCUUUAUUUGAAUAAACAGUCAUUUUAAAUGAA